AGCACACAAAAAAUAAUGCAAACGCAAAACCUCUCGAUUUCUUUUGUGGAAUUUGAGUGUUAGGGAUUUCGCACGCUUCUCCAACUUAUUUUGCACAGAAGCUUAAAACUGGACACCAUUUCGCGAGCAGAAAACUGGAAUUUCCAUUGAAGGCGGAGGUCGUCGACCCAGAAUCACGUAAAACUCUGCAACUAUGCAAUUGGGGUCAGUGUACUUGCUGGUUUUCUAACACAGGACGCCUCUGAGCUUCAGUUUUCUUUUUCAUCUGUUAAUCGAUUCGGAACAGUUAUUCUGUAUUAGUAGUAGGAAUGUCUGCUCCAUUGACUCCUUCAAAGAGAUCACGCGAUCGGAACUUUGUCAAGCCUAAUGGGAAAGGAAAGUGGCAAAAGUCAUCAGGUUCUCGUUCCAAAAAUCAAUCCUUGAAAUUAUCUCCUGGCUAUGCUGUCUUUCGUGUCCUCUUUCCUGCUUCCAGGAUUGGCAGUCUAAUAGGAAGAGAUGGGAAUGUUUUAUCACAAAUUCGUGAAGAAACAGGUGUAGAAGUCAGAGUAGAGGACCCUAUCCCUGGGUGUGAUGAGAGGAUAGUAGUCGUUGGAGGUUCUAAUCAAGAAACUGAAGUGAACCCUGAGCAGAAUAGUAAGGAAGACAACAAAAAUUCUGAAGUCGAGGAGAAUGAAGGUGAUAUUGCUGAGCAGAAAAAGAAAGAAGAUAAAGACUCUCUUCCUGUGGAAGAUGCUAAAUUUCGGAAGGAGGUUACAAACUUGCAAUUGCAGAAAGCCCUCUUUCUUGUUUCUGAGAAAAUCUUUGAUGAAGAACCAGAGGUGGAUGGAACAGAUGUUGAAGGUGAUAAGAUGUCUACAUUUGUCUUAAGAUUGCUUGUUCUUUCUAGUCAAGUUGGGUGCCUAUUGGGGAAGGGUGGCAGUGUAGUCAAACAAAUGUCAUCUGACAGUGGAGCACAAAUUAGGAUUCUUCCAAGGGACAAACUUCCUUCCUUUACAGCAUCCAGUGAUGAGUUAGUUCAGAUUAUCGGGGGAAUUGAUGUGGUGAAGAAAGCUCUUGAACUUGUUUCUCAGCAGCUAAUGGAAAAUUCAGCCCAUGAGAGUGAUCUUGUCUCCUCGAGCAUGAGUGCACAGUCAUUGCAUUCAUCUGGACAGUCUCUCUCUAGGGGUCACGAAUAUCCUCUGGGUAGUAGUUCUUCGUAUACUCAUGGAGGACCUUACUCUGUGCCUCGUGAUGUUGGAAAUUUUCAUUCUAGUGCACCUUCUCUUGCUCCUAAACAGUAUGAAACCAGCAUUCCUGGUCGAUUGAAACCUUCUCUUGAAAUUUUAAGUUUUCGCUUAUUGUGCCCUACUGAGAGAGUUGGAAAUGUGAUUGGAAAAGGAGGAGCCGUGGUAAAGACUCUUCAGCAAGAGACAGGCUGCGACAUCAAAGUGGUUGAAGGCGCCUUGGACUCAGAAGACCGCAUUAUACUUGUAUCUGGUCCUGCGCAUCCAGAAGAUAGAAUAUCACCCGUGCAAGAUGCUGUUUUUCGCGUUCAGGCCAGGAUUGUCAAGGCUGUACCAGAUAGCAAGGAGCAGAACUUGGUAGCUAGGCUUCUGGUCUCCUCCAAUCAAAUUGGUUGUCUUCUUGGGAAGGGUGGUUCCAUCAUAGCUGAAAUGAGAAAGUCGACUGGUGCAUAUAUUCGCAUUUUAGGAAAGGAGCAGGUUCCAAAGUGUGCUGGGGAAGAUGAAGAAGUGGUUCAGAUGAAUGGAGAACCUGAAGCAGUUCAAGAUGCUAUGAUGCAGAUUACUACUCGGUUGAGGCAUCAUUUCUUUCGUGAUGCAUUUCCAUCAGUUAAUAGUCAUCCAAAUCCUGCAUUCAUGGAUCGACUUUCUUCAUUUCCUUCAUAUUUUGGAAGGAGGGAAUUAUCACCUCCAGGAAUCUUUUCAAAUUUAGGCCCUUCAUUUAACAAGUUUGAUGCUCUUAGUGGCAUCCCUUCACUUGGUGAUUUGCGGGAUGAUCGGCCUCCAUUUCACAGGCCAGGUGUUCCUCUUUUAUCUGAUAGAAAACCAUGGAGCUCUCAGGGACUGGUUGAAGGUGGUGUUGGCUUGCGAGACUUUGCCGGAGCCCCUCACAGAAGAAUUGGUGGAUUUGGAGGAUUAAAUAAUCCUGCUAUUAUUACGAGCACCACUGUUGAAGUGGUUGUUCCUCGAAACCUUGUCCCUGUUAUUUGUGGAGAGAAUGGGGAAUGUUUGAAACAGAUUCGUCAGAUUUCUGAUGCAAAAAUUACAAUUACUGAACCAAAGCAAGGAGCAGUUGAAACCGUGAUUAUCAUUUCUGGAACACCUGAGCAGACCCACGCUGCCCAGAGUCUUAUUCAAGCUUUUGUAAUCAGCGAGAACGAGUCUGGCUGAUUUGAUACAUUCAGGUAUAUGAUGAUUUGGAGAGGAGAUGUAGCAUGUAGCACAGAAAAAUAUUAACUGCUGAUACACCUUGGGGCAGUUUGUUUUGCCAUAAUCUGGAAAUUUUGACAAAGGCUUAACGGCCGUGUGACAUUGUUCAUCUCUAUAUGUAAAAACAAAGCCUAGCGAUACCUAUAGGCAUUUGAAAAUUGUGGCUCCUUUGACUGCAAAAAUUGUUCUUGGGGGCAGAUAGUUGUAGUUGCAGCGUUGCUCAAGGAUAUUGAAUUUUAUUGAUAA